CUACUGCUCAAAUUUGGACCUGCUGGUGGUGCGAGAUGAAAAGUCUGAAAGAUGAAAUAUUUCAGUCUGAACCAAAGUGGUGGACCGACCAACAGACCAACUCUGCCAUCCUUACAGUCUUGCUGCUAGCAUGGCUAAAAAGCAUCCCUCCAUCAUUACAGGAAACGAGAGCAAAGCCACCAUCACUAAACUGUGGCCAACCCAAACACUAUAAGAACGUAGGCCACUAAAUCUAUUAAUCAGCUAUGCAACAGGCUACUCUUAUAUAUAAUUGUUCCUGUGUAAUAUUUGUUUUAUUCCAACAUUUAUUAACAUGUAAUAUUACUAUACCCCAUAAUUAAUUUAUAGUUUAUUCAUGUUUUGUUGGCGUAGUGUGUAGCUGUCCAAACUUCUCCUUCAUUAAUAGUUAAUUGUGCAUUUUACACCUUUUGUCGUCCCUUUUCUAUCUAUAAUUUGCAGCAUGCAAUGCUGUGUAAUGCUCCCAGAAAAUGCCUUGUAAUAGUCAAUAUCAUGUUUGGACACCUGAUGGCAGUCUCAUGUUAAUUCUUGUUGGACAACAAGAGAGGGAAUGAACUCACCAAAUGGCCCCACACUUCAAACAGCAAGUGAAAGUGAAACUAGAAUAAAACCUGCGUCAGAGCACAGGAGAAAAGACACACAGGGCUGUCGUCUGGUAGAUCCAAAUUAAUUUUAAUCUUUGCUGAUUUCUCUUUUAACAGCAUGGACGUGUCAAACACAAUGAGAAUUGUCAUCUUAGGAAAAACUGAAGCUGGGAAAAGCAGCCUGGCUAACACCAUAUUUGGAGAGAAACUGUUCAAGAUCGACCAUUCUCUCAACUCUGGAACAAUAAAAUGUCAAUCAAAAACCAAAUCUGUCAAUGGAAGAAGCAUCACUUUGAUUGACACUCCUGGUUACUUUGGCACAGAUAGAUCUGAGGAGGAGCUGGAGUCUGAGAUAGUGAGGUGUAUCACAGAGUGCUCUCCUGGGCCUCAUGCUUUUCUCAUCGUGCUUAAAGUGGAGAGAUUCACAGAGCAGGAGCAGGCUGUCAUCACUAAAAUACAUCAAUACUUUUCUGAAGAAGUCUUCAAAUACGCAACAGUAGUCUUUACUCAUGGAGACCAGCUCCCUGAAGGACAGACAAUUGAGGAUUUUGUCUGUCUGAAUAAGUUGAUGAGUGAUCUGGUGAAGACAUGUGGCAGCCGGUGCCACGUCAUUGAUAAUAAAUACUGGAACGAAGACCCAAAGGAUAAAUACAGAAGCAACCAGUUCCAGGUGGAGGAGCUUCUUAAAUCAAUAGACAAAAUGGUGCUGGCAAACAAUGAAAGCUGCUACACCUGUAAGAUGCUACAAGUAGUGGAGGAAGAAAUACAACAAGAGGAGGAGCAGAUUAGAAACAAGUCAGAGAUCAGAGAGCAGGCUAAGGUCAGUGUUUUUAAGAGGCUUUUGAUCCAAGUGGCAGGUAUUGCAAAAGGUGCAUUGUUCGGAACUUUCUUGGGUGUAGCAUUGAGUGGAGUAUCUUCAGUGUCAUUAAGCACACUUACACUGGCAUUUGCUGUAGUGGGAGCAGUGAUAAGAGGUGUUACAGAAUAUGUUAAAGCUGAGGGAGCAGACACACCACAGGAAGCAGCAGAGAGGGCAGCAGAGGCUGUCAAGAAUGAAGCCCAAUCUGUCUUAGAUGAAGCAAAUGAUGUUUUGGACAAUAAAACCUGCGUCAGAGCACAGGAGAAAAGACACACAGGGCUGUCGUCUGGUAGAUCCAAAUUAAUUUUAAUCUUUGCUGAUUUCUCUUUUAACAGCAUGGACGUGUCAAACAGGAGAAUUGUCCUGCUGGGAAAAACUGGAUAUGGGAAAAGCAGCCUGGCUAACACCAUAUUUGGAGAGAAACUGUUCACGAUCAGCCAUAAUCUCAACUCUGAAACAAUAAAAUGUCAAUCAAAAACCAAAUCUGUCAAUGGAAGAAGCAUCACUUUGAUCGACACUCCUGGUUUCUUUGACACAGUUAUGUCUGAGGAGGAGCUGAAGCCUGAGAUAGUGAGGUGUAUCACAGAGUGCUCUCCUGGGCCUCAUGCUUUUCUCAUUGUGCUUAAAGUGGAGAGAUUCACAGAGCAGGAGCAGGCUGUCAUCAACAAAAUACAUCAAUACUUUUCUGAAGAAGUCUUCAAAUAUGCAACAGUUAUUUUUACUCAUGGUGACCAGCUCCCUGAAGGACAGACAAUUGAGGAUUUUGUCUGUCUGAAUAAGAUGAUGAGUGAUUUGGUGAAGAAAUGUGGCAGCCGGUGCCACGUCAUUGAUAAUAAAUACUGGAACGAAGAUCCAAAGGAUAAAUACAGAAGCAACCAGUUCCAGGUGGAGGAGCUUCUUAAGUCAAUAGACAAGAUGGUGAUGAAAAACAAAGGAAGCUGCUACACUAAUGAGAUGCUACAAGCAGUGGAGGAAGAAAUACAACAAGAGGAGGAGCACAUAAGACUGUUAUCAGGAAACAUGUCAGAGGAAGAGGUCAGAGAGCAGGCCAAGGGCAGAGUACACACGGCGCUUUCGGUCAGAUUAGCAGGUAUUGGAACAGGUGCAUUGUUAGGAGCUUUGUUUGGUGUAGUAGUGCUGGGUGGAUUAGUUGUCACAGUUUUAAAGAAGAUAGCCCCAUUGAAAGAUUUAGCCAAAGCAGCAACAACUGCUGCAGAAGCAUUUGGAGUAAUAGGAGAAGCAACAGCAGGAGGAGCAGCAGCAGGAGGAGCAGCAGCAGGAGGAACAGCAGCAGCUGCAGGAGGAGCAGCUGCAGGAGGAACAGCAGCAGCUGCAGGAGGAGCAGCAGCAGGAGGAGAAACAGCAGCAGCUGCAGGAGCAACAGGAGGAGCAGUUGGAGUGUCAGUAGGUGCAGUUAUAGGGACAUCUGCUGCAGUGGGAGCACUAAUAGGAGGUGUUACAGGAUAUUAUACAGCUGAGGGAGCAGACACACCACUGGAUGCAGCAAAGAGGACAGCAGAGGCUGUCAAGAAUGGAGCCCUAUCUGUCUUAGAUCAAGCAAAUGAUGUUUUGGACAAAAUGUUCCUGUAAAACUCAAAACAGAGUUAAAACCUAUAAUCAGCCAUGAUUCUUGAGAUAAUAUAGCAUUAAAUUGUCAUAUCUCCAUGUAGAUCAAAUGAAAAUCUUGCUCUAAAUAAAUCCUUCACCAUUUAGCUGAUUAUGUUUAUUCAUAUUUAAUAUGUGUAGUGUGAUCAACAUGUAUUUAUUGAUAAAGAAUUAACAUUUUCUGCCCAUAUGGCCCCAACAUCUUAAAAUAAAUUCUGUGAGGACUCGGAGAGGAACUUUCCCCAAACAUCCUGUCCUCACUUUCUUCAGAUCUGUAAACAGACUCCCUGUGAGAGCUGUUAUGUUACAACCAAAGUCUGUCCAGUGACUGACUUUAAAGAAGAUGAGACACAACAGCACCUCUUGAUGGACUGUUACAGAGCUCAAGAGGUCUGGAUCAUCUAGAAAGGACUCUGUCUCUCAUUUGAUAUCAAUUACAAUUCAGUCAUGUAUGGACUCCUAGAAGAGAAAAUGCCUCCGAAACAAAAAGAACUGUUUCAGCUCAUCAUCUGCAUUGUAUCCGUGAAACUUUGGAAAACCAGAUGUGCCAUGGUUUUAAAUCAGUCACUGACAGCUACAUGGUCGUGAAACACGUACUGGCUGACCUCCGGAGGAGGAGAACUAUAGAUAAAAGACUAUUACUUCCCUUGAACAUACUGGACUUUUAAGAUCUUAUCUCUCUGUGCACUUUAUUGCUUGGCUCCUCGUAUUAGCAAACACUUUUACCACUUUGUAUUAUGUAUAAUAUUCAUGUAUGAUAUAUAUUCAUGUUGUUAGUUAUGCUUCUGUUUUUGUAUUUAACUUGUUGAAACUUAAUAAAGAUUAAUUUAAAAAAAAGUAAA